GCGCUGCCCGACGCCCAGAUGGAGCUGCCGGGCGGCCGCUACCUCUGCGCCAGGGUGCUGCAGGCGCGCGGCCUGCCCUUCCUGUCCGGCCUCUCGCUCGGCAGGAUCUGCCACUUCAUCCAGAUCUGCCUCCGGCAGCGGAAGAUCCUGGGCUAUUUGAAUGGCAGCGUGGUGCCGUACGGUCGCUCCAAUUCCAUGGCCAAGGACCACUGCGCGAAGAUCGGCCAGCCCUGCGCCAGGAGCAGCGCUUCG